GCUACCGCACAACUCGGUUUGUUUGAUUUUCAUCCAUUUUCUUUUUGUCUGGAUGAGUGAAAAAUGGGCAUAGCUGUGAACAAAAAGUGAUCGAAAUUGUGAAGUUCUUCCGGGUAUGUGACAGAUUUGGUGUUUUUCUUACGGUACCGAUUGCAAGUGCGUGAUAGUGGAAGCUUAUGUUACAGCAAAAGAAAGAAGAAAAUUUAUUCAAAUUAGGAGAAAAAUGUUUCUACACUAGUUUUUUCUGCUUUUCGAUUGUUGCAUGUGUGAGUGUAAUUAACGGCAUUUUAUCUUCAGAAAUAAAGUUCAACAGUGAAACAGGAGAAGCGGAGAAAGAGUUAAGAAGAGCUGAAGUAAAGAAAGUCAAGAUACCUGAAGAAAGUUUCGACAGGGAGAAGGGAAUAAGAAGAAUACGAAGAAGUUCGGAAGUAGUUGCUGGAAAAGUUUAAGCUGAAUGAGGUGAUCACAACAUUUAACUACAUUUCAAUCGUGCUGAUGGAUUACUAAGAGAUAAUUGGAUUACAUCCGCAUAUACGUGCGUAUUCCAGUGGUACAAAAAGCUCGCGGAAUUCAACCUAGUUUUGGACGUGGAUCCCAGUCACCCUUGAUCGUGUUUCAUCGCUCCGUGAGUUCCCCACCUGCGUGAACGCGGAACAUCGCUGGGACCGUGCGCACUCAUCUACUCAAUCGAUUAAAUCGAAAGUCAAUGUGGCGACAAGAUGGUUAUCGUUACACGGGGUGACUACAUAUGGAUCGAGCCCGUGUCCGGACGUGAAUUCGAUGUGGCCAUCGGGGCUCGGGUCGUAUCGGCCGAGGGACGGCGCAUUCAGGUGCGCGAUGACGACGGAAACGAGCUAUGGCUUACGCCCGAGCGGCGCAUCAAAGCCAUGCACGCCUCGUCUGUCCAGGGUGUGGAAGAUAUGAUCUCCCUCGGUGACCUGCAUGAAGCUGGCAUCUUGCGGAAUCUGCUCAUCCGCUACAAUGAUAAUUUGAUCUAUACGUACACCGGAUCCAUCCUGGUAGCGGUCAAUCCUUACCAGAUUCUACCUAUCUACACCGCAGAUCAAAUUAAACUGUACAAGGAGCGCAAGAUUGGUGAACUGCCACCGCACAUCUUUGCCAUAGGGGACAACUCCUACGCAAACAUGCGACGCUAUGGCCAAGAUCAGUGCAUUGUCAUCUCGGGAGAAUCCGGAGCUGGUAAAACGGAAAGUACAAAGCUUAUUCUCCAAUAUCUGGCGGCCAUCAGCGGGAAGCACUCAUGGAUAGAGCAGCAAAUUCUCGAAGCAAAUCCCAUCCUGGAAGCGUUCGGCAACGCAAAAACAGUGAGGAAUGACAAUUCCUCUCGCUUCGGAAAGUACAUAGACAUUCACUUCAACAACUCCGGGGUAAUCGAGGGUGCUGAGAUUGAGCAGUAUCUGUUGGAAAAGUCUCGAAUAGUAUCGCAGAAUGCGGAUGAGCGGAAUUACCACAUCUUCUACUGUUUGCUAGCUGGGUUGUCCACGGAUGAGAAACGCAAACUGAACCUUGGUCAUGCUUCCGACUUUCGUUACUUGACAGGAGGAGGUUGCAUCAGAUGUGACGGGAGGAACGAUGCUGCUGAAUUCGCGGAUAUUCGUUCAGCAAUGAAGGUGCUCUGUUUUUCAGAUCACGAAAUAUGGGAAAUUUUGAAAUUGUUGGCCGCCCUUCUUCACACGGGAAACAUCACAUAUCGAGCAACGGUGAUUGACAACCUGGAUGCAACCGAAAUCCCGGAGCACAUCAACGUGGAACGAGUUGCUAGUCUGUUGGAGGUUCCAUUUCAGCCGUUUAUAGAUGCACUGACUCGAAAGACCUUAUUUGCCCAUGGUGAAACGGUAGUGUCCACUCUUUCUCGAGAUCAAUCUAUGGAUGUGCGGGAUGCCUUUGUGAAAGGUAUCUAUGGGCGAUUGUUCGUACUCAUAGUGAAGAAAAUCAAUUCAGCAAUCUUCAAGCCAAAGUCAACUACCCGAAGUGCAAUUGGCGUACUGGAUAUCUUCGGUUUCGAAAACUUCAAGCACAAUAGCUUCGAGCAGUUCUGCAUAAACUUUGCCAACGAGAAUCUGCAACAGUUCUUCGUGCGACAUAUCUUCAAACUAGAACAGGAGGAAUACAAUCACGAAAGCAUCAACUGGCAACACAUCGAGUUCGUCGAUAAUCAAGACGCUCUGGAUCUCAUUGCCAUCAAGCAACUCAACAUUAUGGCCUUGAUCGAUGAGGAGUCCAAGUUCCCCAAGGGAACGGAUCAGACCAUGUUGGCCAAAUUGCACAAAACUCACGGAACUCACCGAAACUACCUGAAACCCAAGUCGGACAUCAAUACCAGCUUCGGUCUGAAUCACUUUGCCGGAGUCGUCUUCUACGACACCCGUGGCUUCUUGGAGAAGAACCGCGAUACAUUUAGUGCUGACCUGCUGCAACUCAUUUCAAGUUCAACCAACAGAUUCUUGCAAAUGGUAUUUGCCGAGGAUAUCGGCAUGGGCGCUGAGACUCGUAAGCGAACUCCGACUUUGUCGACUCAAUUCAAGAAGAGCUUGGAUUCGCUCAUGAAGACCCUGAGCUCGUGUCAACCGUUCUUCAUUCGAUGUAUCAAACCGAAUGAGCUAAAGAAGCCCAUGAUGUUUGAUCGAGCCCUGUGUUGUCGUCAGCUGCGUUACUCCGGUAUGAUGGAGACCAUUCGCAUUAGGCGAGCCGGAUAUCCAAUUCGACACAAGUUCAAAGACUUUGUUGAGCGGUACCGUUUUCUCAUCAGUGGUAUUCCACCGGCUCAUAGGACGGAUUGUCGUUUAGCUACAUCGAAGAUCUGUGCAUCGGUGCUGGGACGUUCUGACUACCAACUUGGUCACACGAAGGUGUUUCUGAAGGAUGCACAUGAUUUGUUCCUGGAACAGGAAAGAGAUCGUGUGCUGACAAGAAAGAUCCUUAUCCUACAGCGCUCAAUUCGUGGAUGGGUGUAUCGAAGACGCUUCCUAAGGAUGAGACAAGCGGCAAUCACUGUUCAGAAAUUCUGGAAGGGCUACGCACAACGACAGCGGUACAAGAAGAUGAGGAUCGGGUACAUGAGGUUGCAGGCGUUGAUUCGAUCGCGCGUGUUGAGCCAUCGUUUCCGUCAUCUGCGUGGACAUAUCGUUCGACUGCAAGCUAGAAUACGCGGGUACUUGGUGCGUCGGGAAUAUGGUCUGAAGAUGUGGGCCGUGAUCAAGAUUCAAUCACACGUGCGGAGAAUGAUUGCUAUGAAUAGGUAUCAGAAGUUGAAACUUGAGUACCGACGACAUCACGAGGCAUUGAGAUUACGCAGAAUGGAAGAAGAAGAGUUGAAGCAUCAAGGCAACAGACGUGCCAAGGAGAUUGCUGAACAGCACUACCGGGAUCGACUGAAUGAGAUUGAGAGAAAGGAGAUAGAGCAGGAAUUGGAAGAACGUCGCCAGGUCGAAGUCAAGAAGAACAUAAUCAAUGACGCGGCUAGAAAGGCGGAUGAACCGGUAGAUGAUAGCAAGUUGGUAGAAGCUAUGUUCGAUUUCCUGCCAGAUUCCAGUAGUGAAGCACCAACUCCGCAUGGUGGUCGUGAAACUUCUGUUUUUAAUGACCUACCGGUGAAUCAAAAUAAUCACGAAGAUAUUAUUGGACCAAUCCACACAAUUUCCGAAGACGAGGAAGACCUAUCGGAGUUCAAAUUCCAGAAAUUUGCUGCAACAUACUUCCAGGGCAACAUCACUCAUUUCUAUUCACGUAAGCCGUUGAAACAUCCACUCUUACCGUUGCACACACAAGGUGAUCAACUUGCCGCACAAGCUCUGUGGAUAACUAUUCUCCGGUUUACCGGAGAUCUUCCGGAACCACGAUAUCACACUAUGGAUCGCGACAAUACAUCAGUCAUGUCGAAAGUAACUGCCACGCUAGGACGAAACUUUAUUCGAAGUAAAGAAUUUCAGGAAGCUCAAAUGAUGGGUCUAGACCCGGAGCAAUUCCUUAAGCAAAAACCUCGAUCCAUCCGUCAUAAACUCGUAUCGUUAACGUUGAAGCGAAAAAAUAAACUGGGUGAAGACGUACGACGUCGUCUUCAAGACGAAGAGUACACCGCCGAUAGCUACCAGUCAUGGCUUGAAUCUCGACCGACCUCCAAUCUAGAAAAGCUACACUUCAUUAUAGGCCAUGGUAUUCUACGAGCGGAACUCCGGGACGAAAUCUACUGUCAAAUUUGCAAACAACUCACCAACAAUCCUUCGAAGUCUUCGCACGCUAGAGGCUGGAUCCUUCUGUCGCUCUGCGUAGGAUGCUUUGCUCCAUCGGAAAAAUUCGUCAACUACCUGCGUUCGUUCAUCCGAGAAGGUCCCCCCGGUUACGCUCCGUACUGUGAGGAACGCUUGAAGCGCACUUUCAACAACGGAACUCGAAAUCAACCGCCAUCGUGGUUAGAACUGCAGGCAACCAAGUCCAAGAAACCCAUCAUGCUUCCGAUCACCUUCAUGGAUGGUAACACGAAAACUCUGCUAGCCGAUUCAGCCACAACAGCUCGUGAACUGUGCAACCAAUUGUCCGACAAGAUCGCCCUUAAAGACCAGUUCGGGUUCUCGCUAUACAUUGCCUUGUUCGAUAAGGUGUCCUCUCUGGGAAGCGGAGGUGAUCACGUAAUGGAUGCAAUCUCACAGUGCGAACAAUAUGCCAAGGAGCAAGGUGCUCAAGAAAGGAACGCCCCGUGGCGGCUGUUUUUCCGGAAGGAAAUUUUCGCUCCGUGGCAUAAUCCCAUCGAGGAUCAGGUGGCUACGAAUCUGAUCUACCAGCAGGUGGUUCGUGGAGUUAAGUUUGGUGAAUAUCGGUGCGAUAAGGAGGAGGACUUGGCGAUGAUUGCUGCUCAGCAGUACUACAUCGAGUACAAUACGGACAUGUCGAUGGAUCGGUUGUAUACGCUUUUGCCGAACUUCAUUCCGGAUUACUGCCUGACGGGGAUCGAGAAGGCAAUCGACCGUUGGGCUGCCCUCGUGCUGCAAGCUUACAAGAAGAGCUACUACCUGAAGGACAAGGCAGCGGCCUUGAAGGUGAAGGAGGACGUGGUUAGCUACGCAAAGUAUAAGUGGCCACUGCUGUUUUCCCGAUUCUACGAGGCGUACAGAAACUCCGGUCCCAAUCUACCCAAGAACGACGUCAUCAUUGCUGUAAACUGGACCGGCGUCUACGUGGUCGAUGAUCAGGAACAGGUGCUGCUUGAAUUGUCCUUCCCGGAAAUCACUGCCGUAUCGAGCCAAAAGACGAACAAGGUGUUUACUCAAACCUUCUCCCUGUCAACGGUGCGCAAUGAGGAAUUCACCUUCCAAAGUCCAAACGCGGAAGAUAUCAGGGAUCUGGUGGUUUACUUCUUGGAAGGAUUGAAAAAACGCUCAAAAUUUGUGAUAGCACUGCAGGACUACAAAGCUCCUGGCGAAGGAACCAGCUUCCUGUCAUUUCUGAAGGGAGACCUGAUCAUCCUGGAAGAUGAAAGUACUGGCGAAAGUGUACUCAAUUCCGGUUGGUGUAUCGGAUGUUGCGAGCGUACCCAGGAGCGUGGAGACUUCCCAGCCGAAAUAGUCUACGUCCUGCCUUCGCUUACCAAACCCCCACCAGACAUCCUAGCACUGUUCAGUGUAGAAGACGCACAUCACGGCAAACGGUUGAACUCGAUCCACUCAAACGGUGGAACUGAGACGCGUGAACGACCGCACACCCUGGCCGACUAUUCGUUGGACCACUUUAGGCCACCCCCGAAACGCACCAUGUCCAAGGCACUCAGCACUCUCAGCUCGAAACGGGGAGGCGACGAGCUAUGGCGAUACUCGAGGGAACCUCUAAAGCAACCUCUACUAAAAAAGUUGUUGGCCAAGGAAGAAUUGGCUGAAGAGUCUUGUCUAGCAUUCAUCGCCAUCAUGAAGUACAUGGGAGAUUUGCCAUCGAAACGACCCCGAAUCGGCAACGAAGUCACCGACCACAUCUUCGACGGUCCGCUCAAACAUGAAAUCCUUCGAGAUGAAAUCUACUGUCAACUGAUGAAACAGUUGACCGACAACCGCAAUCGUAUGUCCGAGGAACGCGGUUGGGAACUGAUGUGGCUUUCAACCGGCCUGUUUGCCUGCAGUCAACAGCUUUUGAAGGAACUGACUGUCUUUCUUCGAACACGUCGCCAUCCCAUAUCCCAGGACUCACUCCACCGGCUGCAGAAGACCAUCCGGAAUGGUCAACGCAAGUACCCACCCCACCAGGUCGAAGUGGAAGCCAUCCAGCACAAAACUACCCAGAUAUUCCACAAGGUCUACUUCCCGGACGAUACGGAUGAAGCAUUCGAAGUUGACUCGUCAACCCGAGCGAAAGAUUUCUGCCAGAACAUUUCACAGCGACUGAAUCUGCGGUCCAGUGAAGGUUUUAGCUUGUUUGUAAAAAUAGCCGACAAGGUGAUAUCAGUGCCAGAAGGAGACUUCUUCUUCGACUUUGUGCGUCAUCUAACCGAUUGGAUCAAGAAGGCGCGACCGACGCGGGACGGGACGAAUCCACAGUUUACCUAUCAGGUGUUCUUCAUGAAGAAGCUGUGGACGAAUACGGUGCCCGGUAAGGACAAGAAUGCGGAUCUGAUAUUCCACUACCACCAAGAGCUGCCCAAGUUGCUGCGAGGCUAUCACAAGUGCUCGAAGGAGGAAGCCGUCAAACUGGCGGCUUUGGUAUAUCGGGUGCGAUUUGGGGAGAGCAAACAGGAACUGCAGGCGAUACCACAAAUGCUACGUGAACUGGUCCCAUCGGAUCUUAUAAAACUGCAAACAUCAAAUGACUGGAAACGAUCAAUUGUGGCAGCGUACAAUCAAGACGCUGGGAUGACUCCAGAAGAUGCUAAGGUCACCUUCCUCAAGAUAGUGUACAGAUGGCCCACAUUUGGCUCAGCAUUCUUCGAGGUGAAACAAACCACUGAACCCAACUAUCCGGAAAUGCUACUCAUUGCCAUCAACAAGCAUGGCGUCAGUCUGAUCCAUCCAAGCUCAAAGGACAUUCUGGUGACUCAUCCGUUCACCCGAAUUUCCAACUGGUCUUCCGGCAACACCUACUUCCACAUGACCAUCGGAAAUCUGGUCCGCGGAUCGAAGCUACUGUGCGAAACGUCGCUGGGAUACAAAAUGGACGAUCUGCUCACUUCGUACAUUUCCCUGAUGCUGACCAAUAUGAACAAACAGCGAACAAUUAGGAUUAAGUAGGAUGCGCCGGAAGCCCGAAGCAACGCAGCAACAGCACAGUAUAGCACAGUUGCUUAGACGAAGAUUGUAACAACUUUUUUGUUUGUUUUAAAAAUUAACGAUUCCUUCGUUAGUGGCUUAUGAAUAUUUAUUUUGUUUGAGCUUUGCUUUUUGUUUUAGCAUGCAAAGGCAUAAGAAUAUUUAAAUAGGAAUGUUAGAACCAAUUCAAUUCAAUCGACGGGAUGCUGUAGAAGAGAAUCCCAUUUUUUUCCCUGCGCUAAUAUUAAUGAUCAUUGGAGCAUGUUGAAUCACCAAACGAUGCCUUUUACUCACAUCAUUUGCCUUUCACUUUUUUGCGAACCUUAGUUUUGAGGUGUGCUCUUACAAUUCUGAUCUAUUUAACACAUUUAACAUUUUGUUCAACUCCUUGAAGCCAUUUUAGCUUACGACACUCGACAGCACCUAACCUUGCACACUCACACAGAACACCGAAAAUGCUUUUAUUUAUUCACCUUCAUUAGUUUCCCUUCCCCCCACAGAUUUGUAGAGUAAAUUUUGUGUUGGUCCCGCGUGGUCGGAAGUCUCAAGCUUAAUGUUAGUGGUUAGUUUUAAAACGGUGCAGCAAUAUUGGAAGAAUAUAGUCGUCAAAAUUUCAGCUCCUCUUAUGCCAACUGUGGUCGAUUGAAUGAAGAACAUUGCAAUGCAUCGUUUGAGUGGGUUUUGACUGGAUGAAUGUGGCGUUUGUGUAUUGCUGAAUUGCACAAAUAAUGAGUCCAUCGUUGUUAUGAUGUUUGGUAUAAGAGGAUCCCAGGUGUUUUGUUUUCUAAGAUAGGGUAAUAUAUUUUUGUAAUUUUAUUAGUAUUUUGUUAUGCAUACCUUCGUAACUAUUAUCUAUUAACGACCAAUCAUACAAUAAAUAAAACUUAUAAAGUGA